AUGACAAGCCACUCUAACGAGAGCUGCCAGCUGGAUCUGGCCCGGCUGGACGUUGUCGCAGUACGCAUCCGCGAUUCCCGUCGCGUAAAUGGCCCCAAGGCAUGUGAGUGCCAUCAGGCCAUGUCAUAUUUCCUGCGCCAAGAUAGCAAUGGUAUCUUGAUGAACAUAAUUGACAACGGCAAAUUCUUCAGCUGGCUGAGGGCAGAAGUGGGCUUCAGCACAAUAUACGAUUCCUUGGCCUUCCAUACACGUCGAGACUCGCUUGAUAUCACUGGCAUCUGCGGCCCCGUCGACAUUUCUGUCAUUGUGGACAAUGUACAGUAUGACAAGUCUUGGUGGCCUGCCGAUGGAAAAACCGUCUUCUUCCUCAUCUAUGAGGUCGCAACACCAAAGACGCCUCGGCCCGACGGCUGCACCGCUGAGGAAGCUGUUCUUGACUUGAUGGAUGAGGAAGUCGAUUUACAUAUGUGUCGCAGGAUGUCACCGGAAAAUCGCGUCGAGGAAAACCUGGCCUGCUUUCCCGAGGGACGACAGCUACUUCUACAAACCCCUUUGUCGCGAUGUUCAUCCUCUGCAUCACAAUCAUCAGAAGGUGUCUCUUCCGACACUACUACCUCAUCCCAUACAAUGUCAGCUGGUAGCUCACCAUCCAUGGCGACUUCGCGACUCUCAUCAGCAGUUGCCAAGGGCCAACGAUCACACGUCCCAUCUACCCCUGGAAAACCAAGCAUCUUAGCUCGGCUGAGCCAGCCGACAGCCAGCAGCAGUGCCAAAUCGAACGCCCCGAGCGGACGCACACUCAACCUCAGAUCUAGGCCUAAGCCCACGGCCGCUAGCGCCCCCGAUGUAGUAGCGACGCCACGUCCGGCCGACAAGAUAGAUGUCGACGCCGAGUACUCGGCCAUGGACGAAACUAACAUUGAUGCGGCCCUCGGCAGCUACAACAACGAUGGAAGCGAUUCUGCGUGGCUGCAGUGCUUGAACUUCUUUUGCAUAAACCCAGUUGAAUAUGCAAACCGUGAGGCGCGCGAUAUGCAGGCCUCAAAGGCUGGUCAUUUGCCCGUCAAGAAGCUGCAUGGGUUCAGGGGAGGAUUGUUUGACUACCAAAUGUCGGCAGUGUUCCAGAUGCUGUGUCUGCUCCGCAAGGGUGUACGUGGUGGCUUCCUCGCUGACGAGAUGGGACUUGGGAAGAGCAUCGAGAUGCUAGGCAUUCAGUCAGUGCUGUUUUCACUGAGGAGCAUGGUCGAAGAUAUCCAUCAGAAUCGCGGUAAGCACUCUUUCUCCGGACCUGCAUGCAAGGCAGAGGGACGAUACAUGAUCCGGUGCCCUUGCUACCACCCCCACUCGCGCGAGCUGGCCGACCUGGUUCUCGAUGGGCCCGCCGUUAUCAUCGCACCCACCAGCACCAGCGAGCAGAUGUUCCAGAUGACCAAGCAGAGGCUCGACCCCAAGGUGUUCGAGAUUCGGCUAGUUGGGGCGUCUGUUGGAGCCGACGGUGCUUUGUCGAGCACCGACAUGCGUGCACUGGCUUGGAAAUCCGUCAAGAACCCAGUCGCAGGCGAGCCCGACUUUCGAAGCGGCCUCUUGGGCCAGAACAAAUUUGUCAUUGUAUGCCCAGACUCCAAAAUCAAGGAACUGCACAAGGUCAUGCCAAGCGCAGUAUAUAUGGACGAGUUCCAUCAAUACACGCAGGCUGGUAGGCCUAUCGAUCGCUGGCUGAAGGCGGUUCAGGGCUGGGCGGCUCCCAAAGGCGGACCUCCUCCAUUCUAUUUUGUAGGCGGGACACCGAUCGAGAACUCGCCAGCCGAUAUUCGAGCCCAGCUGGAGCGACUUGAGCAGCCUUCAUGGAGUGAAGGUCAGAUGAAGGUAGCGACGGUGAGUGCCCUGGAUUCUGUCAUUGCGCGUUACACCGAACUACAACAGAUGCAGAAAGAUGGCCUUUGCAUCCUUCCCCGCGAUAUACGCAACUACCACAUUCAACUCAACGCAAUUCUGCGCCGGGUUAUGGUACGCCGCUUGGCGACCGACUCCUUCCGUGGCCGCAUUCUCGCUCUAAAGCCCAUGCGCGUCAACAUUCAUCAGGUUCCGGUGUUGCGUGGUGCUCAAGACCUUCUCGGGGCAUGCUCCACUGCCACUCGCUCACUUGUAGUUAAACACAUUGGCAGUGAGGAGGAGCAGCACGUAGGCCAACACUUGGACAGCGACUCGGGGGAGGAGAUUCUGGAGAAGCUAAGAUUGGCCAGUUUCUUCCCUCAAACGGCCAAGACUUUCAAGGGCAAGGCUGCUUGUUCCUUGCUGGAGAAGGACCUUGUCAAGUACAUGCAAGCCUGCAAAGGAGGCAUCGAAAAGUCGAAGUACUGGGAUGUGGUCGAAGAGUUGACUGCCAACAGCGCCAAACUGGACACGCUCAAGAAGCUGAUCCAUACGAUGCUCGACGACAAGACGCAGAUCCCGAAAGAGCACUUUCGGACCAAGAAAAUGUGCAUCAUUACCCCCACUGAAGGCGAGGCGUUACUCAUCUUUGCGCACCUGCGAAAGACGCGGGAUGCCUGGUCGAAGGCUAUCAAACCCAAGCCAGUGUGGCUGCAUAGCGGCAUGUCCAGCACCGAGGCCGCCGAGGUCGUCCGCACAUUCAAGCAAAAGGGCAACGCGGCAGCCAACAUACUGGUGGCGCCCCUUUCGCGCGCCGGGACAGGGCUCGAUCUCCCGCAGGCCAACUACCUCGUCUUGACGGGACUGGGCUGGCGCAAGCGGGACAACAAGCAGGCUUUUUACCGGAUCCACCGUGCAGGCCAGACGCUGGAAACUCACCUGCACCUCAUCGUCAGCCGUGGCAACCCGGCCGAGCGUCGCAUCUGGGCGCGCCAUUCUGGGGGCAAGGUAGCCAGUGAAACGGCCUGGAAGGUUUUCGCCGAGAACGACACCAUCCCCCAGGAUGAGCUGCCGGAUGCUGUCAAGGAUGCAGUGGGCAACGUGGUCUCUGAGAAUUCGACCCAAGUUCACUAA